AUGGCAUACUCAUUGAUCGUUGUCAAGUAUACAAUAACUGACAGAUCGGCGUAUCAGAAAUCGUUCGCCUGCCAACACUGUGGUAAGAGCUACGUUUGGAAGAUCUCUCUGAACCGGCAUGUGCGAGAGGAAUGUGGUAAACCACCGCAGUUCAGAUGCAGAUACUGUGGAAAGCUGUUUAAGCAACGUAGCAGCUUUCAGCGACACUUGAAAUAUGAGACCGUGACGUUCAAGCUGUUCAAGCCGUUCCCUUGCCACUGCGGUAGGUCCUACAGGAACAAGGGCAGUCUGAAACGCCACUUGAAAGACGAGUGCGGCAAGCCUCCGAAACACAUUUGCCGACUCUGCGAUAAGGGUUUUAAGCAGAAAGCCAACUUUCAGCGUCACGUUUUCACGGUUCACAGCAACUCUCCUAAAAUCCCUCGUAGAACGGAGCGGUUGCCGCGGAACGCUUUCACGUUUCCCAAACCGUAUCCCUGCUCCAAGUGCAAGAGAUCCUACACCAACAAGAGCACCUUAAACCGUCAUCUGCGGGAGGAAUGCGGCAAGACUCCGCAAAAUUUGUGCCCUUUCUGUAAGAAGGCGUUUCAUCAACGAUCCAACUUUCAACGACACAUCGUUUCGAACAAUCGACCACGCAAAUACGUGAUUCAAAGCUACUUUGAGAACUACAUUAAAAUUCAAAAGGGAGCAUUGCCGCGUCAACUACGAGCGGCCAUUCACGUGUCACCAGUGUGGCAAGCGUUACACGUGGACGGACUCCUUGACGAGGCAUCUGCGCGAAGGAUGCGGCGUGUUGCCGAAGUACAAUUGCACGGUUUGCGGCAGGAAAUUCCGACGCAAGGAUUAUCUGUUACGCCACGAGAACAACGUUCACAACAAAUAGGAAAAUUCUCUCCCCUACGAGUGAAAUUUGUCACUGAAAAUAAUCAAGCCUAUAUAUGUCUCGAAGAAUGCGAUUGCUGCGAACCUGAACGAUACUCAGCACAGUACAGCAUGUCGGACUACUACAAGAGACUGGGCAGACACUUUUGCUCGAAAUGUGGGAAAGAAUAUAAAUGGAUGCAGUCGUUGAUCAGGCACGAACGGGAAGAGUGCGGGAAGGGUCCGCAGUACAGUUGUUCGAUAUGCGGUUCAAAAAUUAGACAUAAAUGGAUGCUGAAGAAGCACAUGAUCAACGUCCAUCAUUUAAUGAUUCCGAAUGGUUACGACGACAGACCCCACAGGCCUCAGGAUUAUCACAAGCGUUACCGCGGCAGAUACAUUUGCGACGCGUGCGGUAAGGAGUACACUUGGAAACCGUCUCUGACGCGGCACAAACGCGAGGAUUGCGGUAAGGAGCCGCAGUACACGUGUCCGGUGUGCAAUGCGAAGCUCCGACGCAGCCGUCAGCUCAAGCUACACUUGAUUUACGUUCACAACUGGAUGAGCAAACCAAUGAAUGCAUAA